AUACUAUUGAAGUUGAACCUUUAUGUCUUGGCCAGUAAUCUAGCUCAUAUGCAAAAGUACGAUGAUACCAGUAUCGCAGAAAUAUUCAAAAAAUAUGAUGAUCAUUUGUAACAAAAGAGUGAUUAUGAUGGUGCAAUGGAACAGUAUAUAAGAACUAUAAGACAGCUGGAGCUUUUAUAUUUAAUUCGAAAGUUUUUGGACGCUCAAAUAAUAUAUAACUUGACAAAUUAUCUUCAAGAACUCCAUUCUAAAAGCUUGGCUAAUACCGAUCAUACGACUCUGCUAUUAAAUUGCUAUACAAAACUAAAGGAUGUAUCUCCAGAAUUGGCUCUGUUGUAGGGAGAAUUUCUCCCUUUAUUUUAUAAACAAAGCAAAGUAC